AUGUUGGUCUGGCCUGAGCAGCCAGAGAUAUUGCGUGGUGGUGGUGGUGGUGGUGGUGGUGGUGGUGGUGGUGGUGGUGUAGUAGUUGUAGUGGCAACUGCCUCUGGAGGUACUAAGCGCAAGGCCAGUCAGCGUGAAUGGGAACUGGAGGCCGGCCCCAGUACUAGGUCUCCAGAUGCAGCCUCACUAGCUGGAGGUACUAAGCGCAAGGCCAGUCAGCGUGAAUGGGAACUGGAGGCCGGCCCCAGUACUAGGUCUCCAGAUGCAGCCUCACUAGCUGGAGGUACUGGGGGUAAGGCCAGACAGCGAGAUCGGGAACCAGAGGCUGGCCCCAGUACCCGGUCUCCAGAUGCAGACUCACCAGGACCUCUUCAAGAGGAGCUUGCACCAAUCUUGGAACAGAGGGAAAGUUCAGGCAGCACACCUGAGCCCAGCACUGCAAAUAAACCGAAACUGAAGAGAGCAGAAAGUUUCAAGCAGAAAGAUGGUGAGAAAGCAGCACAGUAG